CAGUCCGAAUGCUCAUGCGACAUACACGUCAUAAAUAAAUGUUUCCAAUCACGUAUGUAGGCAAAUGUUCUCCUGCUCAUCCGAAAGUUAUUAAAAAAUCUGUCUCAUAUCACAAAAUCUUUGCCCUCUUCCUUCUUUGUGAAAUCACUUGAAAGAACUUGAAAUAGUCACAAAUGCACCAGGAUUAAGUCGAAUAGAGGCCAUUUUUACUUCCGCAAACACAACGUGCUGCAUGUGAUGUUGUGUUCUGGUGUCUGCAUGUGGGUCACUUCGAGGUUAGAUAUCAGUCUCAUUUUUGUUGUAAUGUGAACAACUACAUAAAAAAAUCAAAUACAAACAAGAAAUAUGAAUUGGGCCACAUACCCUGCAGUGUGAACAUAGCCAUAGUUCUACUUUCAACUUUACUGUGCCCCUCAUUAAGUUAUCCCAUGUUUCUACAGACCCUGAUUUCUGUGAUGAAGACUACAAACAAACUAGCUUGAUUUCAGCUCAUAUCACCAUUUCCUGUAAUGAUGUGUAUGGCUUUAUCUGUAAAGAGAUGAAUUACACCUGCGACACACUCUAUGCCCCUUAUGCUAAGUACACCAUCAGUGAUGUGAGGGCACUGGACAAGGGGGUCUACUGGUGCGGCAACAGAUCACUGAGCGAAGGCCACAGAGUGUCACGACAGAAAAUACUACUUCAAGUCUUUGCAGAAAUUAUAGAUGUGCCGGGCUGCUCUGGAGGCUGGGUUGAAUUCAUCUGGCCAUAUAAAGGAAUGUAUACAGAACACACAGUAUCUACUCCAACACAUGAGAUAUGCAGUAACGUGGAUGAUCAAUGGGAGCAGGUGGGGCCAUAUUGCCUGUACCACGACACCACAGGGAGAUAUCUGAAGAUGAUGGUGAGGCAGAUUCAAAAGGAAGACUUUGGGUCGUACUACUGCAGAUUUGAUGAAACUCCUGCAAAGUUAUUCAAUCUAUCCUCUUAUCAUUCUUAUUGUCGCCAUCAAUACACUCAGACCACGUCCAAAGCAAAGCAAACCACCAUUGUCUGUAAGGACCUGGAGAGAGAAUUUAUCUGUAAAGAGAGCGAAUAUAACUGUGACACCGUCCCAGCUCACCAGUCUCAGUACACUAUCAGUAAUGUGGGUGAGGAGGACGAGGGGGUCUACUGGUGUGUCUGUAAAGUGCAGGCACGGGGUUUCAGAGUGACAAAACAAAAAAUACUCCUUCAAGUCAAAAAUGAGCCACUGGCGAAACCAGGUACAGUUGAAAAAGCAAAGAUUUGAGCUGGAGGCAGACUGUUAUCCCAUGGACUGUCUAGAGCUGGUCCGGAGCCCCACGCAAAUGUAUUAUAUCCCUCUCAAGGUCGCCAUGGUUUACAUGUUGAACCCUUUCACCAUUUUGUCCUGUGUUGCCAAAUCCACAUGUGGACUCAACAAUGCCGUCCUGGGCCUUUUCUUCCUCUGCACUAUUAAAA